AUGUGGUGCGAUGAUUUCCGGCCAACCAACGUUCUUCUCAACAAAGACCUCAAAAUUACGGGUGUUGUAGAUUGGGAGUUCUCGUACACGGCUCCGACUGAGUUUACCUACGCGCCGCCUUGGUGGCUUCUUCUUGAAAGACCUGAGUACUGGCCUCAAGAUCUCGAUGACUGGACAGAUGUGUUUGAUCGCCGUCUCCAGACAUUUCUGCAGGCGAUGAUUGAUCGUGAAAAUGCUGCUUCCACAAAGGAAGAAGAACGACUCUCUGGUCCAAUGCGGGAAAGCUGGGAGAGUGGUGACUUUUGGAUUGCAUAUGCCGGGAGGAGAGGCAAUGCUUCUGACUCUAUAUAUCGGAAAAAGAUUGAUCAGCGCUUUUUUGGACAGACGGACAAUGUUGAGGAUGCGUGGAGGGAGAGACUUGAUCUCUUAAGUGACAAGGAGAAAGACGAGAUGGAAACACUUGUGGAGAAAAAGCUUAAAGAGAUGGAAAAUAUGGUUCUGGCUUGGGACCCGGAUGAGUAUACCCUGUCGCAUAUAGACAUUGCGAAGACUUAUACCGCGAAACAAGCAAAGAAAUCCGAGGGCAAGGAGCAAGAGGAAGGCAGAGAAGAUAAGCCCAAGUCAGAGGACAACAAGGUUGAAGUUCAUUCCGCUAAAGCAAGGCCGGCUGACCCUAAUGUUGAGCAGAUAGCUGGGAAAUUGGCAGAACUUGCAGCUUAG